GGGGCGCGCAGUGAGAGGAAUCAUCUCGCCGGCCCGGCCGCCAUCUUGUAAAGCCAGGAACGACGAAGUGUACCUGUAGUCAGCAGUCCGGUCACCUUCUGAGGGGGGAGUCAGUCGCCAGAGCUGUGUGUGACUAUUUGAAGGAGUGAAAAAAAAAAAAAGGAUUUCUCCAAUAUCAGAUUAUUGGACUAGCGUUACUUUUUAUUUUCAGAUUGAGAAGACCGAUUGAAGAUGGCAACAGCUCAGAUGCACCGAAGUUCUGCGAGUGCAGUAAUGAUACCCAACACCGUAGCUACAGAACAGCAGUCCUUGGUUCUGGUGAAAAGGCUGCUUGCUAUCUCUGUGUCCUGUGUCACGUACCUGAGGGGCUUGUUCCCUGAAUAUGCCUAUGGGACAAGAUAUCUGGAAGACCUAUGUGUGAAAAUCCUCCGGGAAGAUGAAAGCUGUCCUGGCUCCACCCAGAUGGUGAAAUGGAUGUUAGGAUGUUAUGAUGCAAUACAGAAAAAAUAUCUCAGAAUGGCGGUGCUAGCAAUAUUUCUGAACAUUGAAGAUUCAGAGACUGUUACAGAAUACUAUCAGUUUAAAUUUAAGUAUUCUCCUAGUGGACCGGUAAUGGAAAUCAGUAGCAAUGAAGGCCACUCUAUUACCGCCUGCUCAGACGUGAAGAAAGCCAGCGUCAUGCUUGUCCGCAAGUUGUACGUUCUGAUGCAAAAUCUGGGCCCCCUUCCAAAUGACGUCUGUUUAACCAUGAAGCUGUUUUAUUAUGAUGAAGUUACCCCGAAGGACUAUCAGCCUCCCGGCUUCAAAGAAGGAACUUGUGACAGCAUGAUGUUUGAAGGGGACCCGAUGAAUCUGAAUGUGGGUGAGGUGUCUACGCCGUUCCAUGUCUUGAAAGUACGAGUGACCACAGACAAAGACCGAAUGGAGAAAAUGGAAAAGCACUUGCUGAAGAAAAAAGGUCACACGCAAGCAAUCUGCCUAAACAUGGAAGAAGACCAGGUUAUGGAGAGUUCUACUGAGACAAUGCAGGUGAACCCAAGCGCAGCUAUCAGUGGACGCCAAACCAGGAGUGUACGGGUUAUUUCAGACAUGACUGAGACAAUGCAGGUGAACCCAAGUCCAGCUAUCAGUGGACGCCAAACCAGGAAUGUACGGGUUAUUUCAGACAUGACUGAGACAAUGCAGGUGAACCCAAGCGCAGCUAUCAGUGGACGCCAAACCAGGAGUGUACGGGUUAUUUCAGACAUGAAUUCUGCAGCAGUCACUGGCAAAACUCAGCCCAGGUCAUCUAAGAGAACAAAGAAACAACAGCCUGGCACACAGAGCCAGGCGUUGGAUCUCCCGGAUAGUCAGGAUGAGCCCAUUGUGGUGAAGAGAAGGAAGAUGAGUGAGCCAAAAGACCCAUUAUAAGCAGUUACCUUCUAUCAUCAGCUGCUUUUAAAGUUUCUUCCUUGUCUCUAUGUAAUCAUCCCAUAUCUGUUACAUUGCAUCUCCAAAGGCUUCAUUAUAACUUGUAUCCUUAUGUUGCUUUAAAUGCUUUUCUUGUCCCAAUAAACAAAAUAACUAUCA